AUGCACAUCGAGGAGGUGUGCAUCGACGGCUUCAAGUCCUACGCCAAGCGCACGGUCGUUCCCGACUUCGACCCGCUGUUUAACGCCAUCACCGGACUGAAUGGGAGCGGCAAGUCGAACAUUUUGGAUUCCAUUUGUUUCGUCCUCGGCAUCUCCAACCUCACGCACGUUCGCGCGUCGAGUUUGCAGGAGUUGGUGUAUAAGCAAGGACAGGCGGGCGUGACCAAGGCGAGCGUGAGCGUGACGUUUAACAAUGAGGACCGCUCGAGGAGUCCGGUGGGGUACGAGCACUGCGAUCGAAUCACGGUCACGAGACAGAUCGUGAUCGGUGGAAAGAAUAAGUACAUGAUCAACGGCGCGACGGCGCAGCCGACGCGAGUGCAGAAUUUGUUUCACUCGGUGCAGCUCAACGUGAACAAUCCGCACUUUUUAAUCAUGCAGGGGCGAAUCACAAAGGUGCUGAAUAUGAAGCCGCCCGAGAUUCUGGGCAUGCUCGAAGAGGCUGCGGGUACGAGGAUGUAUGAGAACAAAAAAGAGGGCGCGCUGAAGACGAUGGUGAAGAAGCAGACCAAGGUUGAUGAAAUCGACAAGCUGCUCGAGGAAGAAAUUUUGCCGACGAUUGAAAAACUUCGCAAGGAACGCGGCGACUACAUGAAGUGGGCCGCCGCAAACGACAAUCUGGAACGGUUGCGUAGAUUCUGCAUCGCGUACGACUUCGUCAAGGCGCAAGAAGCGGUCGAACAGGCAAACGCGGAGACGGGAAAUGUCGAAGAAAAGAUCAUUGAGUGCAGAAACGCUAUCGAGGACGCCGGGCGAGAAGCGACUGAGCUCGAGCUUCACAUGCAACGCUUGCAAGCCGAAAAGGAAGAACGCAUGGGAGCCGAGAUGAAGGAUCUGAUCACGCGGCACGAUCAGAUGGAGAAAGACAUCGUCAAAGCGUCGACGGCUCUGGACAACAAGCUCAGCGAGGUGAAGAGCGAGCAGAAAUCCCGGGAUAAGCUUUUGAAAACAGCGGCUGACAUGGAAACUGCCGAGGCGAAGCGGGCCGAGAAGGUUGCCUCACUCGAAGCUGAGGCCGCUGCAGAGGCCGUUGCGUUGGCCGAGAAAGAAGCCGCCGCGGAAAUGGCCGAACGCACGUUGCAAGGCGUGCAGUCGGGCAAGGGCACAGGAGCCGACAAGUCAUUGCAAACGCAGCUCGCGGACGCCGUUGCGGCCCAAUCUGCGUGCGACGCCGAGGUGAAAUCUGCGGCGCUGAAGAUUAAGCACGUUGAAAAGGAGCUCAUCGGAGCUCGAAAAUCGUUGAGCGCCAAGGAGAAGGAGGGUGAAAAGCUCGCGAAAGAGCUCGGCGCUGCUGAAGCCGCGGUUGAAAAGGCGCGCGCCAAGCUGGCAAACUUUGGUGGUUGCACGACCGACAAAGCGUCCGAUCUCGAAGCUACAUGUGACAAGAUCAACAACGAAGUGAAUGAAUUGCAAAACGAAGUAGACGUGUUGAACUCAAAGCUCGUGGAUUGUGACUUCAAGUUUACGGACCCCGAGGCGAAGUUUGAUCGCAACCGAGUCAAGGGGGUCGUCGCAAAGCUCGUGCAAGUGAAGGAUCCGGCCACCGUGACCGCUCUCGAGGUCGUCGCCGGCGGUAAGCUGCACCAAGUUGUCGUGGAUACAGAUGUCACCGGUAAGGCGAUCCUGCAGAAAGGUCAGCUCAAGAAACGCGUGACCAUCAUUCCGUUGAAUAAAAUUGACAGCCGCACGGCAACGGACAAGCAAGUCGCCGCGGCCACCAACGUGAGCAAUGGCGAAGCUUCGCUUGCUUUGAGCCUCGUGACGUAUGACGACGACGUGAAAAACGUCAUGAAGUACGUGUUUGGUAAGGCUUUCGUUUGCAAGGAUCAAUCGACGGCGAAGGCUGUUGCCUAUGAUGAGAACGUCCUCCUGAACUGCGUCAGCGUGGACGGCACGAUGUUCAAUCCGGCAGGAGUCAUCAGUGGUGGGUCGCGUCAGACUACGAAUGCCGUGCUCCCCAAGCUUCACGCCCUGUACAAAGCCGAGGCCGCUCUCGCCGACGCCAAGUCACGCGCUAAGGCUGCGAGCGAUGCGGCGAAGGAGGCGUUGAACGAAUCAAAGGAGGCUCAAAAGCUGGAGGAUGAUUUGGAUCGUCAGGAGCACGCACUCGGUCUGUUGAAGGAAAAGAUCAGCAGCUCCGAGGCGCAUCAGCUCGCUGAGAAGGUUCGCAAGUUCGAACAAGAUCUUUUCGACGCGAAGAAUGCUACAGAAGAGGCUAAGGUGAAGAAGACAGAAGCCGAGAAAACGGCCAAGAUGCUCGAACAAGAGAUAAAGAAUUUUGAGAAGGAGCGUGACUCUCGACUGAAAGACGCCGAGAAGGCUCUGAAAGAUGCGAGGAAUUCGGUCACCAAGGCUCGAGCUCAAAUCAAGGAGAAGGAGGAAUUCGUCACGAACGCGCGUGUUGAGAAGGAGGCCGCUGCGUCUGAACGCGCGGCGCUCGAUGAACAGAUUGCCGCGAUCGAUGUCGCAAUCACGGAGCUGCAAGUCGAGGCCGAUUCUAUGCAUAAGGGCGUCUCAGAAAAGCGUGAAUUGUUUGACGUCGUCACCGCCGAGCUGGAAGAGCGCCGGGCCCGCGUUGCGGCAUGCGACAAAGAAAUCUCAACUCUAUUGAAGCGCAAGUCUAAGCUUGAGAGCGAUUCAGUGGAGCAAGGCGUGGAGAUGAAGAAGCUCGAACACAGGAUCUCUCGCAUGGAAAAGGAGGAACAGGACGCAAAGGAUCAUUUGGCACUCCUUCAAAAAGAACACCAAUGGAUCGCUGGUGAAAGCUCAAUGUUCGGUCAACCGGGAAGCGAUUACGAUUUCAAGAAGCGUUCGCCCGCCCAAGCUCAACGGGAACUCGCGGAGUGCGAGGAGGCUCAAGCGACGCUCGGGAAGCGCGUCAACAAAAAGGUCAUCGCCAUGUUCGAUAAGGCUGAAGCUGAAUUCAAGGAGUUGCAAGAGAAGCGUCGUAUCGUGUUAAGCGACAAGGAGAGGCUCGAGAAGGUCAUUGGUGAACUGGAUGAGAAGAAGCGAGAGGCGUUGGUUUUGACAUGGGAGAAGGUGACCAAGGAUUUCGGUUCCAUUUUCUCCACCCUACUCCCUGGAACUCAAGCCAAGCUCGAGCCACCUGAAGGAUGCGGCGUCUUAGACGGUCUCGAGGUGAAGGUGGCGUUCGGCGAUGUUUGGAAGGAGUCGCUCAGCGAACUCUCGGGUGGUCAGCGCUCGCUGCUCGCGCUGUCACUCAUCCUCGCCCUGUUGCUCUUCAAACCGGCGCCGAUUUACAUUCUCGACGAGGUCGAUGCUGCGUUGGAUCUUUCGCACACGCAGAACAUCGGCCGAAUGAUCAAGCAGCACUUCCCUUUCUCUCAGUUCCUCGUUGUAUCUUUGAAGGAGGGGAUGUUCAACAACGCAAAUGUUAUUUUCCGCACCAAAUUUGUUGACGGAAACAGUACCGUCACCCGUACAACGCCGGCGUUGAAGGACAAGGAAGACAAUACCCGACCGGAUGCACCAAAUGCCCUCGCGGCGGCGGCCUCCAAGCGUCGCGCUGCCGGUUCUAAAGGCAAGGAGAACUGA